CCAAACCGACCCGCCUUCCUACCACGGCUGGUCGCUUUCUGCGCCUGCGCGGAACUUCGCCACUGCGCGCGCGUCCAGAGCCACGCCCCUUUCGGUUGGCUACGCCCAUUUUGACCACGCCCCUAGCGCCCAGUUCCCACCCCUCUGCCCGCAGGACCCCGAAACCCAAUGAUCCUGCAGCAGCCCCUAAAGCGAGGUUCCCCGGGUCAGGCCCAGCGCGACUCGCGGGCCGCUUCGGGGACACCCCGAGGCCUGGACGCGAGCUCCCCUCUCCGAGGAGCUGUGCCCAUGAGCACCAAGCGGCGCCUGGAGGAGGAGCAGGAGCCCCUGCGCAAACAGUUCCUGUCAGAAGAGAACAUGGCCACCCACUUCUCUCGGCUCAGCCUGCACAAUGACCACCCUUACUGCAGUCGCCCCAUGGCUUUCCCCCCAGCUCUGCCUCCACUCAGGAGCCCUUGCUCUGAGCUGCUUCUCUGGCGCUACCCUGGGAACCUGAUCCCUGAGGCCCUCCGGCUGUUGAGGCUGGGAGACACCCCUACACCCCACUACCCUUCAACCCCAGCUGGGGACAUAAUGGAGCUCUGAGUGCUGGCAGGCAGUGCCCCCCCCCCUGCCCACCUUCCUUCUUCCCCACAAGAACUGCACUCUCACAAAGGGACCAGCUAUCCUGUUUAUCCUCAGACCAGACCUCUGGGUACCAGGACCUCAACAGAGGAACCUCAUGGAGCCCUGGGGUGGGAGGGACAGGAGCCUGGGAGGGAGGCACUGCACCCCCAGAACUAAAUAAAGAUUGCUGAGCAAAUGAA